GUGAUAUUUUGGAUCAACUUAAUUGGCCAGCUGGUAGCGUACAUGAUGCCAGAAUAUUCGACAAUAGUCGCAUAUGUGCACAGUUUGAACGUGGUGAUAUCCAGGGUAUAUUACUUGGUGAUAACGGUUAUCCAUGCCGUCAAUAUCUAAUGACACCAGUAAUUGAUCGCAAACCCGACCGCAACGCAGAUAUAAUGUUGCACAAAUACGUACGUACACGAAACACGGAUGUUUGGGACCAGUGA